AUGACCGAAACAUCGGAAGUUAUUGAAAAUACAGAUCCAGAUGCAACAGAAAAUAAAUCAGAAGAUGCUGAUAAAUCAGAUAAUCCUUCAAGAGUGUUCAAACAUUAUAUUCUUACACCUGCAAAUCCAAAACAUAUUCCUUCUAAAAAAGAAUAUUCAAAAUCAGAAGUUAUGGACAGCAUUUUUUAUGAAAUUGGUAAAUCUCAAGAAGAUUUCACAAAAAUGAUCGAAAAUAAACAGAAUAUAUCCGAAAAUAUAAUUUCAAUGUUUACAAUUCCUUUCAGAGAUGAGACAACAUACUUACAAUGUUCCAAAGAAUUAGAUUUUACACAGCUUGAACGUAUUGAAAGAAUUAUCAGAUUGCGCCAAGAGAAAAUUCUUCCUUUUUUCCUCAACCAACAAUAUUUUCCGCUUUUAACAGAUCCCAAACUAUCAUUAUGUCGAUUGGAUUUACCUGAUUACAAGAAUUCGGUUGCUCAAAUUUCUGAUAUCGAUUUCAAAAAGAAAAACGUCAUUAUUAAGCUCAAAGGUGAUGAAGAAUAUUACAACUCAAUUAUAAGAGAGAGAAGAGGAAGAGCUCAAGUCAGAUAUUUGGAUUCUCUUAAAACAAAGGCCAUUGUUGGCAUGAAUUACAAAGGAAAACUUUACAGAGGACCUAUGAUUAUAAUGAAAAUCCCAUUUCGGAAUAUCAAAGUUUUUUUAGAUGAUAUUCCUCAAGAAGACUACGAUUUUUACGCAAAUAACCCUGUUAUCCCUAUUUCUGAAUCAGAUAAGAAGAAAUUGGAGAUUGCCAGAAGUGGAUUUCUUCAAAAAGGUUCAGAACAUUUCCUUCCUGUUCCUGAACAGCUAGAAAUUACAGAAUACAUAGACCUUAGGAAGGCUAAAGGUAAAUACGACAUUGUUGCUCCAGAUAUUACGAUAAAAGCAGGAUAUGAUAAAGAUUUGACAAAAAGAAAUGGAAUUCCUUUAUUAUUCAAGCUUGUUUCAACUCCUGAUAACAGAGUUGGUGUUGUAGUUGACAUAGUUGAUGGAAUGAUUAAAAUUGUAACAACUCAUAAUAAUAUUAUUCAAUUACCAUUGACAACAGAGCUUACAAUUGUUCCAGAUGAUAAUAAGGCAAGAGAUGCCGUUAAUAGAAGAAUGUUCCCAGGAGAUUUCGUAAAAUUAAGUGACGGAACAACAGAUGGCUUCACCGGCCAAAUAACACAUACCUAUAAUAAGCUGAUUUUCGGUGAAUUCGUAAGUCCUCAUCAAGCUUUGAGGUGUUUUGUUGAAUCAAAAGACGCUUUGAUAUUCCAUGAUAAUGAAGGACCUAUUUACAACGCUGUCUAA